CACAUGUGCCCAUGUGCCUCGACAUUUUACAUCAGGAAUGCUGACAGACCGAAACACACACACACACACACACACACUUCAGUGCUUUCCUUCUGGUCCGGAGCGCCGCUGAAACACAGAACACACACUCUCGCGGAACAGUCUGUGGGGGUGGAGGGCUGUAGGCAGCUGCUGAGCUCUCUCUGAUAACUCCAGGACCAGACCGUGUCAGGAGUAUUUAUGAAUGAACCGUCUCUGUCUCAGGUGCAGAUGUCUGCAAACAGACCUCAUGGAUCCAGAUCAGAUCCUCAGGAUCAGGAGAUGAUGCAGUAUUUCACACAGCAGGUCCUGUUCUUCAAGGAGAAAGCCAUGCUGCAGGCCUCUGUGAGGGAAGAGAAGAAACUGCUGGUAGAAAAUGCCAAACUGAAGAAAGACAUCGAUGACCUGAAGAAGCUCCUGCAGGACACACAGAAGAGGAAAGCAGUAAAGCUGCAUCAGGAGAGAGCUCUGACGGCUGUGAUCGCGUCCAAGUCGGCUCUGCUGGGAGAAACGGCUCCUCCGUCUCAGACGAGCACCGCUCACGCUCGACCUGACGCCAGACGCAGGAGAGAGAGAGCAGGUCUGAGCGCUUCGGAGUCGGCGUGCGCUCUCAUGAGAGAUCAGAAACCUGACGUGACCCGUCUGGACCUGCGGGUCGCUCGGGUCCUGGACGUCCGCAAGCACCCGGAAUCAGCGUCACUGAGCGUCCAGGAGGUGGAGCUGGGAGAACCCGCCCCCAGAACCGUGGUCAGCGAGCUGACCAAUCACUCGCUUCCAGAGCAGCUGGUGGGCUGUCUGGUGGUGGUCUUGUGUAAUGUGCGUCCAGUGAAGGUCCGAGGCGUUCAGUCGCAGGCCCGCCUCCUCUGCGCUGUCAGUCAAGAGAGAAUGGAGCCCUUGACUCCGCCCACGGCCGCUCAGCCUGGAGACAGAGUCACUUUCCAGAGUUACCCCGGUGAACCCGAGAGAGAGCUGAACCCCAAACAGAGGAUCUGGGAGCGAUUACAGCCCGACCUGAGCACAGACGCCAAGGGCGUGGCCAAGUACAAGGGCGUGGCCUUCGAGGUCCGCGGGAAGGGCCUCUGCCGGGCCCCGAGCAUCAGCAACGGAGCCAUCAGAUAACACGCGCGCUUCAGCGACGAGAGACUCCGCCAUCUCACAAAUAAAUCAUUGAAAAACUA